AUGGCAGCACCUAUGGACGAUAGUACAGCUGAUGCCCCAGCUAUUCCUGUUGGCUUGAAGAAAAUCCUGAUAAAGGAUCGUGAGUUUCUAAAUGUUGCCAAUUCAUGGGUCGACAAGUGGACCAGUAUAAAUGAUCACAGAACGCAUAACGCGUAUUGGUUUAUCAAGAGUUUAGCAGCAGGCGCUUUUAUCGCGAAUCAGGGGACUUGUUUCGAGACAGGCCAAUGCUUCUUGGAAUGUAUAUGCCAGGCUGUUCUCCAACUUAGAUGGGAUGGUACUGACAUCAUCUGUAAUGCGGAAAAAUUAUCCCAACCCACCUACAAACAAAUCGACAAGGCACCUAAAAAGUCCGAAUUACAAGAAAGGGCAGAAUUCAACUUUUGGAAAGGAGUCAAAAGUUACUACGGUGCAAAGGUAGUCGUUGUUCCUCUCAUUCCAUUAGCCAAAUUAAUCAUUCGCAUGAUUAUUGCUCACGAUCUUUAUGACAUCCCUGAAUCAAAGGGAAAGUAUCCAAAGAAAAUCGAAUCUUUGGAGAAAAAGUUCAGGGCACUAAAAGCUGCUGUAGGUAGCCUGUAUACCGAGGCAGUCAGUUGGAGGGACAUCUUAUAUACGAAAAAGGAACCAAAUCUAGAGAAAUUAGACAUUUUAUUGUUUUUUUUUUAA